CGGCAUGCGCAUGGCGGUAGCUGGAGCCGUGGCAGCGUAUCGCUUCCACCCGCACGCCGCCGGCGUCGGCCGCUCGAUGGCGUUUCCCCGCCCGUCGCCGUCGGGGUCCGGCUGCCCAUACGGCCGCUCUGGAGCCUCGUUGAGCUCUCCCGCCUUUGGUGCGGCCGCCGGGCCCGAGGUGCUUAUGCAGCAGCUAGACGUCCUGGACUACUUGUCGGACGACGGCGGGGUGCCCGGCACGGCCGGCGCACCGCUGCCGGUAGAAGCGCCGGUUGUGCCGGAUGUUGGUUACUCUGAUCAUACGAGUAGGGCGGCCGCGGUGGCGGUGGCGGCGAGCGGCAAGAUCGCGUUUCGGACGAGGUCGGAGGAGGAGAUACUGGAUGACGGCUACAAGUGGAGGAAGUACGGCAAGAAGUCUGUCAAGAACAGCCCUAAUCCAAGGAACUACUAUCGGUGUUCAACGGAGGGGUGCAACGUGAAGAAGAGGGUAGAGAGAGACAAAGAUGACGCAAACUAUGUUGUGACGAUGUAUGAGGGGGUUCACAACCACGCGAGCCCUGGCAUGAUUUACUAUGCUGCUCAAGAUCCUGCUUCAGGUCGCUUCUUCGUUACUGGGACACAUCACCUAGCUCCUUGAUCAAUCACUGAAUAAUAUUAGCGUUUGAGUGGUCUUACUAGAAUGGAACUUAAUGGAUUUGCUUGUAAACUUGUGCAAUACCUCUUCAAACUGUACAUGCAUCGGUGUCCCCAAAAUGUGACAUUAUAUUUUGGAGAGUAGAUCAAUCUUUUCGUUCUAGUGACAUCAACAAUAGCAUAAGGCUUGUUCACUUUUUUCUCCUAUAGAGGACGGUUGGUUCACUAAACUAAGGUUUUCUUAGGAGAUGGGAUUGUAUGCAAUCAC